AUGCUUUCCCGCAAACGCCCUUCUAAAUCCAAUAACGCCUUCGUUCCCCCCUUCGCUCAACCCAACAAACUCCCAAAACCCGCCACCGUUACUCGCCACCACCAAACCCAGAAAGACACCAGUUCAUCAGCUACACCAACAGAAGCCGAAUCCGUAAGCCCAUUAGACAAAAUGCUAUCGGUGCUAGCGGACGCCGGGUGCACACUUAUCAAUCCAUCGGGUCCACCGUGCAUCCCCUCCGAUCUCCACAAGCUCCGAAACCACCUAAACCGAUUGUUUUCUGGAGAUUCUUCCCUCCGCGAAGAAUUUCUCAAAGGAUUCGCUUCUUAUAUUGCUUCCCCCAGUAAUUUCCGCCGGGUCUUACUACCUUCCUCUCGUGAAGGUUCGGGCUCAGUAAGAAGCGAGAGCUUGGUUCGAGUACUUUUACUGGUUCACUCCGUCCAGCAAGACCUUCUAUGUAUGUUGCUUGAGAAACUUCCGGAGUACUUUGACUUGUACCCUAGUGGUGGUGUUUGUGGGCCGUCGUCAUCAUGUCUGAACGAGGAUGUAGCAAGGCUGAUACUUAACCAAUUCAAAUGGCUUGAUUUCCUGGUAGAUUCUGAGGCAUUUACUGAAAAACUAAUGCAAGCCUUAUCGAUUUGUCCCCUUCUUUUGAAGAAAGAGAUUAUAGGGUCACUGCCUGAGAUCAUUGGUGACCAGAACAAUAAGACCGUGAUCAGUUCACUUCAGCAGAUGCUUCAAGAGGACUCUUCCAUAAUAGUUAACGUGCUCGAUUCAUUCUCCAACCUCAACUUAGACAAUCUUUUGCAAGACCAGAUACUGUGCCAGGAAAUAAUUAAAGAACUGACAGGCCUUGAGGAAGCUCAGGAUCAUAAGUUGAUUGAUAUAUGGUUGCUUACACUUGUAUACAUGAACAACAAAUCUUUGCAAAAGAAUGUUGAAAAGUUAUUGAAGAAGAAAAUAGUUGAAGGUUNAAUAUUGCAUUGUAUGAUGAUCUUGCGUUUGAAGAAGAAAAUAGUUGAAGGUUGUAUACAUGAAGAUAUGUUUGAGCAAUACAUCAACAGUAUUAAGGAUUUGUCGAAGGAUUAUCUUCCCACGUUCCUAUCAAUAUCUGCAUACCUAUUGGCUUGUAAAGAGCAAAGAGUACAGGAAUUCGGCAUCCACAUGUAUAUGUGUCUAUUUGAAGGGUUUGUUGAUGCUUACUCAAGACAGGAAGUUGUAGGAGCAUUAAUAGCUCAUCUUGGCUCUGGAAUCAAUCGUGAAGUAAGCGCUGCUUUGGAGACCAUGGUUAAGCUGGCCUCCAAGAAUUCAAAGGAGUUGAUUCCAUUCUAUUCUCAUAUAACUGGUAUCUUGGAUUACUUGGAGGGCUUAAAUGUUGAAAGCCUUCACAAGGUGUAUGAAGUUUUCACCAUUCUUGCACUUUCAACUCGAUCUAGCUCCCAGCCUUAUGAGUGUUCUAUUGCAAAUGAACUUCUAAUGAUUUUGAGAAAACAGAUAAGUAAUCCUGAUCUGAUGUAUAAGAAAAUGGGCCUAAUUGGAACUCUUAAGAUAGUUUCCUAUCUUGCAGAUGCCAAUAACACUUCCCUUCCAUCUUUAUCACAGAAGUCAAAUUAUGAAGAUGCUAUGGAGCUCUUGAAAUUAUCUUUGGACUCUUGCAAACAGUUGCCUUUAUCACUGAUCAUGUUUUAUGAUGAACUGGUUUCUACACUGAAAAGCAGAAGUCUUCAUCCAACCAUAAUGGAAUGGGUCAGCAAACAUGUAGGAGAUUUUGAAUCAAUAUAUUUAUCUGAUCUUGAUGCUGGAUGUCUACCUGUUCAAGACUUCUAUGCUGGUUUAGAGGGUGAACUAUGGAUGAACCUUGAUGGAAAUAUGUCACCUGUAUGCUUAAACAUUUUGCCACUUGUCUUCCCUUCUUUUAGAUCCGCUUCACCAUUACAAGUUCUUCCAGCAAACUUUGUUCUACUUUCUGUAGUCGAGAGAUUGGCCAAUCAAGGAUCUCUUGGCGGAAUUGAUGCACUUCUUGGUUGUCCUUUGCAUCUUCCUUCCUCUAAGCUGUUCUUGGGUCCUUCCUGGCAGUUUUUGACAGCAAAGCAGAAACAGGUUGCUAUUUUUUCACUCUAUUAUGCUGCUAACUGGAUGAGGGAAUUGAUCAAUAUCUUCUCCACUCAAGUUGUUGAGGGAUGUGGCUAUACAAGCCAGACAACAAAAGAAGAGAUAACCAUCAAGCUAUUAAAGCGCUUGAGGAACCUUGUAUUUAUCGAGAGUCUAUUGAACAAUAUCCUCGAAAAACACACUGUACUGCUACCGGAGCUCUACCCCCAUUUGGAACGCUCGCUAGUUAAUGAAAUUAUUUAUUUAUGUGAUUUGGAAAAGACAAGUCAGCGUCGUAAGGGGAGUGAAACUGUUUCCCAAAACAAAAAGAAAAACAAAAGGAAGGCCUCAACUCAUUCUGCCAAUUCAGAUACUGUGGAAAAAUUCAGGCAGCCAAAAAUUGUUGAUAUCUGGAGGAAAGCAGGUGCUAUUCCAAGCCAAGAAAAUCUCAAUGAGGAUAUGUCUGCCACGUCCUCGAAGGACAGACAAUCUGACUCUGCAGAAAGUGAAAAUAGCAACUUGAAUAUUGCUCAAAAUUUAGAAGUUUCUGCUCCUGCCAAGUUUUUAGAAGCCCAAAGAUACAAAUUCAGGCCACUUUCAGUUGAUUGCUUUGCCAUAUUGACAUUUUCAGAGGAUAAUCAAGGUUCUUGUUGUGUAGAUUCUGCCGCGGAGUUACCCCUUCAUCUGUAUCUUCUGCGUGAUCUUCACAAAAAGCUGGGGUUCUCAACUCCUCCAAGGAAACAAAAUAUAGAACGUUCAGAUGUUCCAGAUGGAUUCAUAGGAAUGGAAGUACCCGAAUUCUUAAGCAAGAUUCGGCCUCUGUUUCCAUCUCUUAGAAGGCAUCUUGAUCGUGCGGUACACAUUCUUACUAAAGGUCCGGAAACUUGUCAAGAUCACUGGAAAACUCAGUCUAACCUGGCUGCGAUUCCAGAAAUGACCAACAUUGUUAUUUCUAUAUCACCGGCUUUAGCUUCUAUUUCAGUUUUCAAAGAGAUACUUCGAAGCUUUGGCAAGAUGCUAAAUCUGCCAGAUAUUCAAAAUGAUAAAUCAAUCCUCUCAGAUCUUCUUCUGGCUUUCCAGCCAAAGGAAAUAUCGAAUUGUUUUUUUAAUGGAAUGCACCUGAUUCCUUCACCAGGAAAUUUAGACUAUCUGUAUUCUGGUGCUUAUGCUUUCCUACAAGGGGUCUUUGAUGUUGCAAUUACCUUCUCAUUUGUACUGGCUUCAGAAGUGGUGCUGACAUUAGAGUCGAUGGUUACAUCCAUCCGAAUGUUUCUUGAUAAAUCUCUAAAUGGGAAUGGAAAGGUUCACACAGGAGCUAUAAAGGAACUUCUUCCUUUUCUGAGAAACAAACUGGGGACUUGUGCUCAGAAACUCUUGAUGCAUAAAUGUGAUAGAGACGAUAUUGAUGAUAAUUUGAAAGCUAAAGGGGAAAUGGUCCAGAGGGUGCUUCGCAUUUACUUGGAAAAUUUCCAGUCAACUUCUGAUUUGAUAAAUGAGCUCGUUAGCUCUGUUCUAUCUCAGGUAUCAUCAGACAGAAAUGCAGUAGAGGAUGAUAAUCAGAAUUUUCCUACCCUAUGCCCUUCGACAUUGGUAAUCUGGUACCGCGUGAUGCAUGAAGAGAACCUCGCUACACUCAACAAUUUGGUCAAGGAAAUUGCUGUUCUAAAGAAACCAAGAGCUGGCAUUGAAGUGGAAAAUGUUGAAAGACUCCUUAACAAAUUACUGCAGUCCGUAAAUGUGGUAGUGUCUCUAGUUAGCAUAUGCAGGACCAACGAAAAGGUGACCGUGCAUGCGAUGGCAGUCAAGUAUGGCGGAAAGUUCAUUGAUUCCUUUCUCAAAGUUUUUGAUUUCCUACAGGCCCAGUUUCAAACACACAGGGAACUCAUAAUCCAACUGGUUAAAGAGCUUCAGAAAGCAACAAGAACUAUACAGACGCUAUGUUCUGAAGCAAAGGGCUCAAAACAAACAGCUAUCACGAGUAAAAUUCCAGCGACAAAGAGAUCUAUGGAACGCUUUUUGUUUCAUGUCAAGGCUCUUCUUUACUCAACUUCAAGUGGAUGUACUUUCUGGAUAGGAAAUCUAAAGCACAAAGACCUGAUGGGUCAUGUGGUUAGCUCUCAAGCAUAUGUGGACGAACAUAUAGACAAUGCUGAUGAAGAUCCUGCAGAAACUACCGUCGAGGAUCAACCAACUAAUGUAGUUAGCCAAUGA